AUGAGAGUUCCUGAACGGCUGAGUAGAGCCCCUACUUUAGCUUCUAUUUCAUAUCAUUAUAGAAAAUCGUUAGGCCAUAAGAUUAGAGAUAUUAUCGGCAAUAUUGAAACCACUUUAAAACCUGUUCUAAAAUAUAUAUUCCCAAACUUUAUUGUUGUCCAUUAUAUUUAUAUAGUAUUUAUGAUUAUAUUAUGUUCGAUAUUACUCUAUCCUGUUAAAAAUAUGAGAUAUAUUGAUUGUCUCUUCUUUGGUGCUGCUGCUACGUCUCAAGGCGGUUUAAAUACUGUUGAUUUAAAUUCUAUCACUCUAUAUCAACAAAUUGUGUUAUAUAUCAUAUGUGUGCUAUGUACACCCAUCGCUAUUCAUGGUUGUUUAGCUGCAGUAAGACUGUAUUGGUUUGAACGUUACUUUGAUGGCAUUGCAUAUUCUUCAAAACGAAAUUAUAAUAUGAGAAGAACAAGGACUUUAAUGGAGAGAGAACUAACGUCAAUGAAAAGAUCACAAGGCACCAGCUUGGCAAAUUCAAGAACUAAUAAUUUUAAUGAACAAUUGUUUAGUGGGAAGUUUAGAAAUGUUGAAGAAUUUGGGGAUGAAAAUAAUGAAAAUACUGAAAGAGUUAGGUCACCAAUUAUUGAAAGAGAUCCCUUAAGUAAUGAUGCAGAAAAUCAAAUGAGUACCGAAUCUGAAAUCUCUGAUUCCAUAGAAAAUUCUUCAGAAGGUAGUAAUAAAAUGGCAAUAAUAAGUCACCUUGAAAAACGUAACCACUAUGAUGACGCAGAUUCAGAAAACUCGAACGAAAAUUUUUCAAAUCCAAACAAUAUUUAUAAAUCAAUUUUAAUGGUGAGAAAAUCACAAUCUGGAAACUAUGAAGAUGAAGAACAGGGCGAUCCUAUAAUAGUUAAAAGCCCCACAGAAAUCGGUAACAUAAAUUACACUGACACAGAUAUCCAUACUCCCCAAACUAACAAAGAUAUAAACUUUUCUGACAAUUCAUCAACAAAAUAUAAAGACUCUCAUAACUUUGGUAUAUUGAAUAGUAAGAAUACUUCAAUUAAUGAGGUCCCAUUAAGAUUUAACACUGAGAAGCAUCUAAAUAAAAAAGGUAAGAAUACAACGCAUAUCAAGCAUACAGUUGACUUGAAUAAACCCUCACAAAAAUGGAGCAAGAAAAACAAAGUACUGCCAAAACAAUUAAGAAAAGGUUUGAACCCUAGAAGGAAUUUUCUCUACAAAAAAUUUUAUAAAACAUCUGGUAAUAGCUCGAUAGACAUAAAAGCAGCUGAACCUCAUGCUAAUGAUUUCAUCACAGAUGCAGUCGUCAACUUCCCGAAUCAUGAACUUAAUGAUGUCACUAAUACUGAGGGAAUGAAUAAUGACACACGAUUAAAAUAUGGCAAGUCAUUGCCAGACAUUAGAGAUGGAAAAAUAUAUGAUCGCAAUAUCCAGAAUACCAGUUCUGAUGUUGGAUCGAGUUUUGAAUAUGAAAAUUUAAAAGCAAGUCGUACUGAUUCAAUAAUUAAGAACAAUUUUGCAUACACUAAUUCAACGAAAUCAGCAAAAACUGGUAUGAACCAGGAGACAGGAAAUAUUUAUUUUGGGCUAACUCCGAUUUUGAAUAAUGACUAUGACCAAUUAGAUACAGAACAAGGGUUUCAAAAUCAGAGUAUUCAAUUUGAUGAUGAUGUAAAUUCGACCUCAAGACCUCCACUAUCAAGAACCAUGAGCACAACUUAUCUGUCCUGGGAACCGAGAGUUGGUAGAAAUUCUGUCUUUGUUGGUUUGACAAAGGCACAGAAGGAAGAACUAGGUGGAGUGGAAUAUAGAUCUCUUAAAGUAUUGGUAUGGAUACUAUUAGCAUACUACAUUGGUUUCCAUUGUAUUGGUUUUAUAUUUCUGGUGCCAUGGGCGUGCUCCAGGCAUUAUUAUACCAACAUAAUCAGAGAAUUUGGAAUAGCUCCUGCUUGGUGGGGGUUUUUCACUUCUAUGAGUGCCUUCUCAGAUUUGGGAUUAACAUUAACUCCUAAUUCUCUGGCUUCCUUCAGUACCGCGGUUUUUCCAUUAAUUGUGGUGAUGAUAUUAAUUGUUCUGGGAAAUACAGGGUUUCCAAUUAUGCUUAGAUUCUUAAUUUGGUUGUCUUUCAAAAUUUCACCAGAACUUUCUCAAGCUAGAGAGAGUUUGGGUUUUCUCCUGGAUCAUCCUCGUCGUUGUUUUACCUUAUUGUUUCCUAGUGGUCCAACUUGGUGGUUACUUGCUUCCGUUAUAGGUUUGAAUUCUAUUGCCUUGGUAUUGUUUAUAAUUCUAGACUUUGGAAAAGAGGUGCUUUCCUCCUAUUCAAAGGGAAAUAGAGUACUAAUUGGAUUAUUUCAAGCUGUAAGUACAAGAACUGCUGGUUUUACGGUUAUAAAUUUGUCAGAAUUGAAUGUCGCAAUGCAAUUGUUUUAUAUGCUGAUGAUGUAUAUCUCGAUCUUACCUUUGGCCAUUUCUAUAAGAAGGACUAAUGUUUAUGAGGAACAAUCUUUAGGUAUAUACCGUCAUGGAACAUUUUAUGCCGAUGAACCAGGAGAUGAUAGUAGAACAAUGUCUAAUUCAUCUGACUCUCAACGGGAGUAUUCUAUGACCAGAAAACCCAAAUCGGCAUAUUUUAAUAAAUCAUUUAUUGGGACACAUUUAAGACGUCAACUUUCCUAUGAUAUAUGGUUUAUUUUUUUGGGGUUGUUCAUUAUUUGUAUCUGUGAAAAUGGAUCUAUACAGGAUCUCGAUAAGCCUGACUUUUCUGUUUUCGCGAUCUUAUUUGAGAUUGUUAGUGCCUAUGGUACAGUUGGAUUAUCACUUGGUUAUCCAGAUACUAAUACAGCAUUCUCUGCUCAAUUUUCCAUUAUUUCGAAACUGAUUAUUAUUGCAAUGUUUAUCAGGGGGCGUCACAGAGGUUUACCAUAUGCUAUCGAUAGAGCCAUUAUUUUACCUAGUAAUAAAUUGGAGAAAAUAGAUAAAAUCGAAACAAGGUCUAAGAGAAAAACAGCAGAAGUCGAAGAUAAAGGUGAUCCUAUAAUCAGAUAUUUUAAAGGUAAACGUAAGGGUAUUUCUUCAUAUUUUAGAAGUAUGAGAAAAUCAGUUCAAGCUGCAAGAAGAGAAAGCUUGAAAAAUGGUAAUGGCAAUAAUAAUAAUUAA